GCCCUCACUGCCACGUCUCUCCUGGGGAGCAGCCGCCGCCGCUGCAGCGGAGCGGGGGAAAGGGAGCGGGCAAAGGUGGAGAGAGGAGGCGUGCGGGGGGGCUGGGCUAGGUUCUCCCGCCCUCCCCACGGCUCCCCCUGGGGAGCUGCUGAACCCCCACCCCCUGCGGCUUGGCCCGGCUGGGCAGGUGGCUGCGCCCGCCUGUUUGGCCCUGGAGGGUGCUGGCAGGGUGGGUAGGUGCUAGGCGAGUCCCUCCCCCCCCCCCCCCCCGCGGGGUGGGGAGCCGGAGCCAGGCUGCCCGCCCGUGCCCCCCCCCCCCCGGGGCAACACGCCGCGGGCUGCUGCCAGGGCUGGGGAGGGCCCCCGGGCUCUGCCGCGGCAGCUGCUGGUGUUGGGGGAGGGGGCUAGAGUGUGGCUCUUUGUUGCUGCUUGUGUGAAGGGGACCCUCCUCCUGGCUGAUGUCUGAGCUGCACCGCUACCUCCUCCGUCUGCACUUCGAUGUUGAUUCCACGGGUACCACCUGUUGUGCAUCCCUGUGGGAGACAGGGGGAAGGGGCAUCAGGUCGGCAGUGCACAGCUUCACAGGCAUGGCAGCACUCUGGUCGUCAUCUCUGCUUAGCCAGAAAGCAGGGGCAUCCAAGUGGAGAAUCGAACUCACCUAGCUGGGAAGGCUUUUGGGUUGUUGUCUGGGUCUCAGGGCAGAGCCUGCUGGAGGCACUGGAAGUGGAUCGGUUCCUGGUCAUGCCCGGUGGAAGGAGGGGACCCAGUCGGCAGCAGUUAAGCCGUUCAGCUUUGCCUUCUCUCCAGACUUUGGUUGGUGGGAGCUGUGGCAACGGCACUGGUCUGAGAAACAGGAAUGGUAGUGCGAUCAGCCUCUCAGCUCCUCCCAUAACGGCCCUGAUCACCCCAGAACCUGUGCGUCACUGCCGGAUCCCUGACCUGCCACUGGACGGGAGCCUUCUCUUUGAAUUCCUCUUCUUCAUCUAUCUGCUAGUGGCGCUCUUUAUUCAGUACAUCAAUAUCUACAAGACUGUCUGGUGGUAUCCCUACAAUCACCCUGCCUCCUGCACCUCUCUGAAUUUUCACCUCAUUGAUUACCACCUGGCAGCGUUCAUCACGGUGAUGCUGGCACGGAGGCUGGUGUGGGCCCUCAUCUCCGAGUUCAACUUUAAAAGGCCCUAUUCUAGGAGUAACCUAGCACGAGGGUCAUCAACCUUCCGCCUGUGGAUAAUCCGCUGGCAGGCCUCUCAGGUGAGCGCAAAGUCAGUGAUUCACUACAUGGCACUGAUUAUGGCGCGCCUGGUGCUGCUCACACUGUGCGGUUGGGUGCUCUGCUGGACUCUGGUCAAUCUCUUCCACAGCCAUUCUGUGCUCAACCUCCUCUUCUUGGGCUACCCGUUCGGUGUCUACGUUCCCCUUUGCUGCUUUCACCAAGACAGCAGAGCGCAGCCCCUCCCAGCGGACUGCAGCUACCUGGUGCAGGAUCAGAUGGUGGAUGACGGGACCUCAGGCAUUGGCAGCCUGGUCAAACCCAAAGACUUCCUCUCGCUCCUGCGGGAGUCCCUGAAAGAACAGUUCAAUAACCCUAUGGCCAUCCCCACCCACAGUUGCCCCCUCUCCCCGGACCUCAUCCGCAAUGAGGUGGAGUGCCUGAAAGCGGACUUCAACCGCAGGAUCAAGGAGGUUCUCUUCAAUUCCCUCUUCAGUGCCUACUAUGUGGCCUUCCUGCCGUUGUGCUUCGUGAAGAGCACCCAGUACUACGACAUGCGUUGGUCCUGCGAGCACCUCAUCAUGGUGUGGAUCAAUGCCUUCGUUAUGCUCACUACGCAGCUGCUGCCCCCCAAGUACUGCGACCUGCUGCACAGAUCAGCUGCCCACCUGGGCAAGUGGCAGAAGCUAGAACAUGGCUCAUACAGCAACGCCCCACAGCACAUCUGGUCAGAAAGUACGAUCUGGCCACAGGGCGUGCUGGUGCGGCACAGUCGAUGCCUGUACAAGGCAGUAGGGCCUUAUAAUGUAGCAGUGCCUUCAGAUGUCUCCCACGCCCGCUUUUAUUUCCUCUUUCACCGUCCAUUACGGCUGCUCAAUCUGCUUAUCCUCAUCGAAGGCAGCGUCGUCUGCUACCAGCUGUACUCCCUGCUGCGCUCGGAGAAGUGGAACCACACCCUCUCCAUGGCCCUCAUCCUCUUCUGCAACUACUAUGUCUUAUUUAAGCUCCUUCGGGACCGGAUAGUAUUGGGCAGGGCCUACUCUUACCCCCUCAACAGCUACGGACUCAAGGCAUAUUAACCUGCCAGAUGCACCAAGGGGUGGGGGGGAAGGGGAGGGAAUCUCAGAAAACCUAUUUUCGUACAGUUCUAUUUUUUUCUUGCGCUGUUUAUAAAUAUUUAAGAUAUUUUAUAUUUUGUAUACUAUUGUUUUGUGGGGUGGGAAGGGGGCAAGUAGCAAUUAAAUGUUGCUUUAUAAACAAGGUGUUAUUUUAUAUAUAUAUAUAUAUAUAUAUAUCUAUAAAAUCAGUGUGUAUAUACCGUAUUAUCUAUAUCCAUACAUACAGUUAUGUGAAGCAA